UCUGGCUCUUCGAUAUGUCAGAGCUAGCAAUUUUCUGAUGCUGCGAACUUUUUAAGUCUUGGCAGUACUUUUACGGUUACGCCUUUUUGCCCUCUCGCUCGAUCUCGCUUUUCGAAGGUGUGAAAUGAAUGGGCUUCAGACUGGUGAAGCUCGCAAUCUUGAGAAACAUUUUCCGGGAUGCUUGGGAAGAAUGGUGAACAUGUUUGAUUUGGGGGCAGGUGUGGCAGGAAACCGGAUGCUUACAGAAAAACCACAUCGUGAUGGUUCUCCGCUCUCUAGGAGCCAAUCAGAUGUGGCAAGGAUGAGUCCAACUGGGGACAAAAUAGAGGAUGAAUUGAUGGUGUCUGAAUUAAGGAGAACCUCGUCAAACAGGAAAUCAAAUGGAACACCCAUGAAGAUGCUCAUAGCCUAUGAAAUGUCAAAAGAGGUUGAGUCUAAGCCCAGUCCGCCAAAUUUGGUUGCCAAAUUGAUGGGGCUUGAUACCCUCCCAUGUCAGCCACCUAAUUCAGCUGUGCAAAGAUUCCAUUCAAGAGGCUAUUCAGAGAGUCAUUCCAGUAUACCCUUUAGCUCUUUUCAGCAAGAACAAGGUUUAUUGGACAAGGAAGUAUGGCAUGAGAAUGAGUAUCAUCAGUGUCCAGAGCCCAAUGAAUACAAAGAUGUUUAUGAGAUGUGGCAACAUUCGCAAAAAACAAGUUAUAGAAGAGAUACAUCACCACAGAAGGGAAGAUGUAAAGAAACUACAAAUGAGAAAAAGAUGGCUCUUGUUCGUCAGAAGUUCAUCGAAGCAAAACGCCUAGCCACAGAUGAAAAACUUCGUCAGUCUAAGCAAUUCCAAGAAGCAUUAGAAGUUUUAAGUUCCAACAAAGAUUUGUUCCUCAAGUUUCUACAAGAACCAAAUUCCCUAUUCUCUCAGCAUCUUUGUGAUAUGCAGUCUACUCCCCCACCUCCUGAAACGAAGCGUAUCACUGUUCUUAGACCUUCUAAAAUGCUGGAUCAUAACAAAGGGAGGAGUAAUGAAAAACAUAUAAAGAAGGCAGUCCAUGCUAGCCAGGUAAAUAGGUUGGAUAAAAGCAGUCCUGGAUUUUCCCCUCCUGCCGCAAGUUGGAAAAUUGAUGAAAAUCCUUCUCAACCAACUCGAAUAGUGGUACUAAAACCUAGCCCAGGGAAGUCUCAUGACAUUAAGGCUAUUGUUUCUCCACCUUCCUCAUCGCCAAGAAUAUUACAUGCUGAAGAAUUCUAUACGGAACCAGAAAAUGAUGAGGCACGGGAAUCAAGAGAAGUAGCAAAGGAGAUCACACGGCAGAUGUGUGAAAAUCUAAGCGGACACCAAAGGGAUGAUACCUUGCUUUCUUCUUUGUAUUCUAAUGGCUAUAAUGGUGAUGAAAGUUCAUUCCAUAAAUCAGAGAACGAGUAUGCAGCAGAGAAUCUCAGUGAUCCAGAGGUCAUGUCACCAGCUUCUGUACAUUCAUGGGAUUACAUAAAUAGGUUUGAGAGCCCUUAUUCUUCCUCCUUCAGCCGUGCAUCUUAUUCGCCUGAGUCAUCUGUUUGCAGAGAAGCAAAAAAGCGACUCUCUGAAAGAUGGGCCAUGAUGGCAUCUAAUGGGAGUUGUCUAGAACAAAGACAUGUGCGUAGAAGCUCAAGUACUCUGGGUGAGAUGCUCGCCCUUUCUGAUGCAAAAACUUUAGUAAGAUCUGAGGAAGUGGAUUGUCAUAAUAAACAAGAAUCUAGGGGUUCAACUUCAUGCUUGACUAGAGAUUUACAUAAGGAUGAAGGCAUAGAAAAUUCUCCUAGGAAUCUCCUAAGGUCGAAAUCUGUUCCAGUAUCUUCUACGGUGUAUGGUACCAGGCUUGACGUAGAAGUUUCAGAUCCUGAGGUGGGCAAAACAGGUGCUUCCAAUGAGGUGAUCAAAGCAAGAAGCACGAAAUUGUCAUUAAAGGGAAAAGUUUCAAGUUUGUUUUUUUCGAGGAAUAGAAAAUCUAAAAAAGAAAAACCGGAUGCAUCUCAAUCCAGGGACGAGUCUCAAUCUGCUGGAAUGACUCCGGGAAAAGUAGGUUGUGAUGGAUCCCAAUGUCUUAAUGACCUUGGGCUUGAAGAGUGUUCAUCACCUGGUCUGCAUGGAUCAUCCAGCAAAGAUACUUUGCCUGAUUUGGAUUGCAUGGCAUCAAAACAGGGCAUAAUUUCUCCAGAGGCUGGAAUGUCGGUAACGAAGCCUGUGGUGUUCGGAAAUUCAAAUGACACCCAAGACCAACCAAGUCCAAUCUCGGUGUUAGAUCCAUCAUUUGAAGAGGAUUACCAUGCAGCAUCAGAGUCCUUCAGCACUGUAAAGCCUGACAGACAUGGGUUAGAGCUGACUGUUCAUCCUAUCAAAUCCAACCUGAUUGACAAAUCACCACCCAUAGGAUCAAUAGCUCGGACUCUAUCAUGGGAUGAUUUUUCUGUGGACACCGCUAGUUCACAUCCAUCAAAACCCUCCGUAGCCUCUAAAGGAGGCAAGGAAGAACAUGAAUGGUUCUUCUUUGUACAAACGUUAUUGUCAGUGGUUGGCCUUGAUGGUGAGAUGGCAUUCGCCCGAAAGCCGUUGGACCCAUCAUUGAGAGACAAAUAUGUCGACCUGAAUGAGAAAGAGAUCCUUCAAGAGGCUAAGCGAAGGCAUAGGAGAUCAACCCGAAAGCUUGUGUUCGAUUGUGUCAAUGCAGCACUGGUGGAGAUGGCAGGGUAUGGGUCAGACAUAUGCCAAAGAGCAUACUAUGUAGCGGGGUCCACAGUAGGUUCCUAG